AUGGCACAAGUUGAAGAAGCCGGGUUAGAGGAGCGCCUCAAAUCCGCUCUCUGGUUGUCCAUCGGCAAGAUUGUGGACGAGGAGACUAUUAAACUGGGUGUCAACGCGACGCCUCAGUUCAUUGGCGCUUUGACGGAGAUGGUAUGGGCACAGAUUGAGACAGUUAGCCAGGACCUCGAGUCGUUUGCUAGGCAUGCUGGGCGAUCGACGGUCAACGUCUCGGACGUGAUGCUGCUUGCCCGUCGGAACGAGGGCCUAGACUCAAUCCUCAACGCAUUUGCGGAGCAACAACGCCAGGGGACAUCUUGA